AUGGUUCAACAGCCACCAAACUCUCAUAUGUUGGAGCAGGAUGUGUUCUGGCUAGAUACGUUUGCUAGUAUUCCCCCUGGAGACAUUGACGUUCUGAACGCCUAUUUCUCCGUGGUACUAGGUUAUCUUGGCGAUCCAAGAUGGUGUAUUCCGAGGUAUAAAGAUUUAUUAAAACACGCUGUAAAGUCACAUUGUUUCAAUGCUGGACGGAAUAAUUGCUUACUAGCAUGGGAUAAUGAUAGAAAAAUUGUAAGUUUGUACUUUUAUAAAUGCUGUUUAACAAACGAUGAAUUGAACAAAAAUGUCAAGACCGCUAUUGUUGACUCAAAUGGAUGCAAACAAGAGAGAAAAAAUGAUAAUAUAGUCCAGAAAGCUGGUUUAAAAGUUUUAAUAUUCAAUUUUAAACAAUAUGAAUUAUUUCUUGAGUACAAUGUACCCGAGAAUUUAGAAAUUGUUUGUUUCAUUCCGGAUAUCGAUGAAUCAAUAAUAGAGAUUGAUGACAAAAAUUCACCAUCACACAGUGACAUGGAUCUAACAAAUCUGCUGGAAAGUGGAGAAUUCAGUGAUGUGAUACUUGUAACUCGCAUUAAAGAUGAGUGUCUUGAAAUCUCAGCUCACAAGGCAAUUUUGGCCUCACGAAGCUCAGUUUUUCAAAAAAUGUUUACAACAGAGAUGAAAGAAAAGACCGAAAAUAAAGUCGAGAUUCAAGAAUUUAAAAUUGAGGUUGUACAAGAAAUGCUUAAAUACAUAUACUCUGGAAAAUUAGACAACAGUGUGGCUCUCAACAUUUCGGAAGAUUUAUUGAAAGCAGCUGAUUACUAUGACCUGGACCUAUUGAAAAAAAUGAUAGUUAACAUAUGUAAGGAUAAUCUUACGCAUAGUAAUGCAUUUCGGUACCUCAUGCUGGCCGAUACUUAUAAAGUUUCAAAAUUAAAGCAAGCAGCGAUUAACUAUAUCGUCAAAAUUGAUGAAAUGGUCAAAACUGAGGGAUUUAACAGCAUCCCGGACUCACAGAUGCAUCUGAUGAAAGAUCUUCUGAUUGCUUUGAAGAAUAAUUAA